AUGCAGUCUCCAACGCCCACCGUCGGCGUCGACUCGUCUCACCCGCCCAUUCCCGUUUCCCAUCCGCGCACCUCUUCUCGUUCGCCGACGCAAAGAAACAACGCCGUUCAGCCUCCCAUCUCCCCACCCAGGGCCUCGAAGGCGAACGGCAACCUUCUCGCUACCCCGGGCUCCCAGCUCACGCCGUCGUCCCCGACGCCGACGCCCACCGCCCCUAACACGCCCAUUCAUGCCGCUGUUGCCAAGGCGCCGCUCACGCCACCGGACUCAACCCUGCGUGUGGCGCCCGCCGCCCCCGCUAACACCAACAACAACGCCUUUACCACUCCUACCGACGGUGCGACGGGAACUCCCAACGUAUUCUUUGCGUCGUCGAACAGCAACGAAAAUUCGUCUCUGCAGUCUAACCACACUCUGGCGACCGCCCAGUCUGAGAGUGGCCUUUCCGCUGCGUCGAGCACUGACGACUCUUUCAAGACCCCAAAUGUCUAUAUCAAUGGCUUGCCUCCUAACUUCCCCGAGGAACAGCUCUACGCCAUGACUAAGGAGUUCGGCGGUGUCAUUAGUGUGCGCACGUUUACGAGGCAUGUCAGUGAUCGCCCGUCCGGCUAUGGGUUCGUUCUGUUCGAGACGGUGGAUUCCGCCGAAAGGUGCAUCAAAAGUCUGCGUAGUUUCCGCAAUCUUCAUCCCUCGUUCUCCAAGCAAAUUCACAAGAUACCAGGAACGUCCUACGCUAGUCUUGCGUCGACCAACUCCACUUCGUCUGUUUCUGGAAUGUCGUCCUCUGAAUCUGCCGACACCUUCAAGGCUCGCAUGGAGAGGCUCAAAGAUCAGUCGAGUACCAACUUGUACAUCGAAGGUCUACCUUUGAGUAUCGAUGAAGCCACCUUGUCCGCCCUCGUUGCACCGUUCACGAUCAAGAGCAGCAGGUUCUUCCAGACUCGCCUCAGCCACCCUCCCAGGAUCAUCGCCUUCGUGCGGCUUGACUCCCGCGAUGCGUGCGAGGAAGUCAUCGAGCGGUUGCACGGCCGCAUGGUUCGCGGCUGGAACGACCCCGGCAGCCGCAUUUCAGUUCGUUUUGCUGAUUCAGCUGAACAACGCGAGCUAAGGCGCGCCGAACGCAGUGGGCGUGAAGACGAGCAGUCGCCUUCCAGACUGACCAUGGCACAGGCUGCUCUCUUGAACCUUCGCGGUCAACAGAUUCCGGCGCCACAGUUCAGAGGCAUCUCCGCCUCCCAGUCCCUCCCCGAGGUGCAGCGUCACGGUGCCCCCAACUCCUUUGCGGGGCCAAAUGUGACCAGAGGCAGGACCCCCGCUCACGCUGGCCUCCCACUCCAUCCUCUCACCGCCGAGUACCAGAGCCGAAUCGACACACGCUCUAUGCCUACUUCACUCUCUGCGAACCUUGCCAAUCUCGCUCUUAAUACUCACUUGCCUUCAUCGUUCUCCACUUCGCCGAACCUUCCUUCCUCGAUCUCUCUGGGCUCGAACUUUGGCUCUCACGGUCUCCCUUCCUCUAUGAGCGGCUCCGUCUUCGGAUCCGGCAGCGAAAGUCCAGUUUUCGGCAGUGAGAUCGACAUAUCCAUACUCUCUCGGGCUCAAGCCGCUAAUCCGAACGGGUUCACGCCGCUGGAGCAGCAGUUGAUACUCCAGGCUCAGGCUCAUGCUCAAGCCCAGCAGCUUCAAGCCGACAGCGAGGCGAGAAGAGUCAAUGCCGCCUUCCCGCGCUCGUCUGGCUCCGCCAAUGGAAGCAAGCUCAACGUCUCUGGUGCGAAGGAGUUUGUCCCGAGGGGUCUAUUGUCGAGGAUGCAGCAAUCGCAAGGCCAGUCGCAGGAUUCGGCGCUGGGCAACGGCACCGCGUAUUCGCUCAACUCGUUGGCUGGUCUCAGUCCCCUCAACAUAUCUGAAGCCGAUUUCCACGCACAGUCCGGUCAGCAGCGUCAUCAACGUCCCCAGCAGCAGCAGCAACAGCAACGGAGGAUGACGACGAACAGCUCUGCGGGCGUCACGAUCUCCGACCCACUCGCGUCGUUCAACGCCAAAGACGCGAGACCUGCCUUCGGUUCUUCCCACGAUCGUCGUUCGUCUCAAAGGUCUGACAUGGAGGACACUCGCAUGUCCAGCUCCCUCGACUACAACAACCGUGUAGAUGCUCCUCGCACUCGUACCGGUACCGAAUCGGUUCCCUCCACCAACCAGGCUGUCCAUGUACGCUCGACCACUCUCCCCGGCACUUUCAUGCUCGCAUCCGGCGCCAAGAGCCCGAAGCCUACUGUCGCUGGCAUGGGCACUCGUGCAAGCGCGGCCGGUGACGGCAACAAGUCGAUGUCGGCCGCUAUGGAGGGUUCGGGAGCCACGGAUUCUCAGGCUGACUCACCUAUCCUCAUCCCCAGCCCUGCGUUGACGUACAACUCCAGCAACGAGUCCAGUGCCUCCAGGACCCCCAGUACCUUGAGCCCUAGCACUCCAUUCUUCGGGUUCAAUAGCCCACAACAACAAGCUCGCGACUUCGAUGGUCCUCGCAAGGAGGAGACCAUGGGCUCUUCCGGUCCUGGCCCGAAGAGAGCUGUUCACGGGGAGGAGCAUGCGGAGGGUGAAAACAUGUUUUCAGUUGGGAGGGAGACGGCUGUUCGAGACGGUGCUCAAUGA